UAGAAAACCGACCAAAGACUUGACUGUAAACCUAAGUGUUCCUCCAUGGCUAUCUCCUUCAAUGUUCUUAAGUCAAACUCAGUUCUUCUGUUAAUCUCUCUUGUCUUUUUACACCUGUCUUUGACCUACGGUCACGGCGGCGCUGACCAUGAUGAGGAAGAUGAAACACCCCAUAAUUUGCGCGCCAAAGGGUUGGUGUUAGUGAAAGUUUAUUGUUUGAUCAUCAUGUUUUUCAGCACUUUUGCUGGUGGAGUGUCCCCUUAUUUCUACAGAUGGAAUGAGACCUUUCUAUUGUUGGGUACUCAAUUUGCCGGUGGAGUGUUUUUAGGGACGUCUCUCAUGCAUUUCCUGAGCGAUUCUAAUGAAACAUUUCGUGAUCUGACUAAAAAAACAUACCCUUUUGCUUUCAUGUUGGCGUCUGCAGGGUACCUUCUUACUAUGCUUGGUGAUUGUGUGAUAUUGUAUGUUACUAGAAGAGGUGUUGGUGGUGGUGGUGGUGGGGAGAAUAAAGUGGCUGGUGAGGUUGAGGAGGGGAGGAUGCAUGUUGGUGGUGAUCAUGGUGCUCACCACCCGGUUCUUGUUAAGACGUCGUCGUUAAGCGAUACGAUACUGCUUAUCUUGGCCUUGUGCUUCCAUUCGAUUUUUGAGGGGAUUGCUGUUGGUGUGUCAUCAACAAAGGCAGAAGCAUGGAGAAACCUUUGGACAAUUUCUUUGCACAAGAUAUUUGCAGCUAUUGCAAUGGGAAUCGCUCUCCUGAGAUUGAUACCGAAGAGGCCGUUCUUGUUAACCGUGGCCUAUUCUUUUGCCUUCGGGAUCUCUAGCCCGAUUGGGGUUGGAAUAGGAAUCGCCAUCGAUGCCACAACUGAAGGGCCAACGGCAGACUGGAUCUAUGCGAUAUCUAUGGGCAUUGCUUGUGGUGUUUUUGUGUAUGUAGCUAUACACCAUCUCAUAUCUAAAGGGUUUAAACCACAACAAGACUCUUACUUUGACACACCAUUCUUCAAGUUUCUUGCUGUGCUUCUUGGGGUUGGAGUCAUUGCAGUUGUGAUGAUUUGGGAUUAAUUUGGUUUUGAAAAGGUUUACUUGAAUUGUGGAUUUAAUUUUAAUUUUAUUUUGUUGUGUUUAAUUAUGUGGAUUAAUUAUGGCAUGUAAUGUAACUUGAAAUGUAUUUGAUUAUUUUUUGUUGUAAAAGUUUCAUUAUGUUGUGUGAA